AUUACUCUCGUAAAUGGCUUCUCUGUUGUCAAGAUUCCUUCAUCAGUAAAACCUUGUGUUUAACUCAUUUAUUUAUUCUUAUCUCGGUUUCUCUCUGUGAAAUAAUAUUGGACUUCAUUUCCAGCUGUGAUCUAUGUGAAUGGGUGUUACACUUAUUUAAUGCUGUGCCAUAAAUGGAACAACCUGUUAGGGAGGGAGGAGUGCUAGAUCACUACACCUCUCCCUCUCCCUCUCCCUCCCUCCCCCCCUCCCCCUCUUUCUCUCAAACGCACAUCAGGAAGCUGUGUCAGUCUCAGAAGCUGGGUGAUACAUUUUUUCCCUUCAUUUACCUCUGCUUAAAGACCCUUGGAUUUACCUUUCCUUUCGUCAGGGGUUAUGCUACCAAACUCCCUCGAGUUUACUGUUACCCUUUAAUUAUCUUGCACUCCUUUAAUGGCAUCAGAAUUACUCAGUAAAGUCAUAGACUUGACAGGAAUUGAUGUUUGGCACCCGUCGCGGCCUCCUCCUGUGGACCCUGUGGAUUAUGAGACCUACGUAGUGAAGAAUAAAGUCUUACUUCAUAACGAUCCUCAAAGAGAACUUCUGAUUUUCCCAUUCGAUGAUGUUGUUAUUCCUCCACCUCACCCCCGGCAGAAGUCUCGUACCAUUUGCUCAUCAGUUCCAAAGAAUGCAUCGAAAGAAGCUACUACGUUACUUGUACGAGAAUGUCUCAAGACUUAUACUAGUGAUUGUCACAUCAUUACUUAUAACUAUAAUGCAUAUUCUGGCAGUUAUCAACAAUUACCGAACAAAAAGAAACUGGAGAGUUUACCUGAACAAGUUUUUGAAAUUGAUGUUGACACAGACGACAAAGAUGAGGAUUCCACCCUCAACCGGAACACUGUAUGUUCCAUCACAAAGGAAGGUUGGCUAUUCAAGGGCCCUGAAGGGCAAAAGGAUAACAUAAUAAGUUUCACAAGGCAAUUUAAGCGUCGGUAUUUCUGCCUGAAACAACAAACAGACUUCACCUACAUUUUGGAAUUCUAUAAAGCAGAGAAAAAGUCUGAAACGAAAGGUGCAAUUUACCUGGAAACUGCAUCUGAUGUCAUUAAGCAUACCAAGAAAGGUAAAUACUGUUUUGAACUGCAAAUGCAGGACCGGCGUUCCUAUUUAUUGGCAGCUGAAAAUGAAGCAGAGUUGGUCGACUGGAUGACAGCAUUCAAGGCAGUCAUUAACGCUAAUGAAACCAGUUCCCAAGCCUCAACAGAACGUUCUGGUAUUGAUGAAGAAUGUCCAACACCUACAAAGUCAGACAAUCACAGAUUAGGUCUUGAAAACAGUAUGCACCCUGAGCUUGUUAAGUAUUCCAGAGAAACUGAUACAUCACUGGCAAAAGCCCGGCAGGAAGAAAGACACAACCUGUUUGCUUUAUAUCCAGACAUGACAAGAUUCGGUUACGGUAAAGAAGAAGAAGAAGUCUACACCAGCAAGGAUGUCAUUGAUGUCUUCCCCAAAGCUCUUGGACAACGAUUCCUUUUAAGACUCCAAGAGUUUCAGCUGAAAUUGCAAGCUAAUGUUUCAGACGAUGACUGCAUAGAGAAUCAUCAGAAUCCAGAACCUUUUUUCAUAUCUUUUGCUCUCUACGAUGCCAAAGCGGGGAAAAAAAUCACAGAAGACUUUUAUGUUGACCCCAACAGUCUCCAUAUCCGCUCAAUGAUUCCAUCAGAGUUGUUACACGCUUCCGACAGACUACACACAGUGGACGGUGUCAAGAACACAGCGCCAGAGUUAUAUAAAUUUGAUGAAAAAUGGUUCUAUUCAAAGGAAAGACGAGCUGUAUUUUCUGUGACUGGUCACCCGUCUAACAUCUAUUUGUAUGCCAAAAUCGAGAAAGUACUGCAAGGUAGUAUAUCUCACUGUACAGAACAUUACAUGAAGUCCACAGACACUAAAGUAGGAACCAAGAUACACAGACAGAUGAAAUUAUUUUGUUCCAGGAUCGGUCAUCACAGAAUGCCAUUUGCCUGGACGGCCAAGUGUGUCUCUCCACAAGCAACAAAUGAUGCCAAAAUGGUUCUUUAUCGACAAGAGAGUUCCAAAUUGUCAGAAGAAGAAAUUAUUAAGAGACUCCAAGAAAUGAGAAGACCUGAAAAACAGAGUAAAUGGCAAGUAAUUCCAGGACAUUUGAAGAUCCUGAUAGAACCAAUUGAGUCUCCAGUUCCAAAUUGUGUAACCCCUUCCCUGCUCCCUCUACACCCAUUCCCUGAACCUCCAGUUGGAAAUUUACACAUUGAAAUCGAAGAAUUCCAAGAAGACAAAGAUUUAAGUUCUCCGUUCACUUGCUACCAAAACUUGCUUUUUGUCUACCCAAUCAGCCUUAAAUACGAUUGCCAAAAGACUUUCACCAAGGCACGAAAUAUCGCAUGCUGUAUAGAACUAAGAGAUUCUGAUGACGACGGAGCCAUUCCUCUAAGGUGUAUUUAUGGACGUCCUGGAAUGUCUGUGUUUACUACGGUUGCCAGUGCUACUGUUCUCCAUCAUAAUACUUUCCCAGAAUUUUCAGAAGAAGUGAAAAUUAAUUUACCAACGCAGUUACAUGACAAGCAUCACCUUUUGUUUCGUUUCUACCAUGUUAGCUGUGAGUCUUCCAAGACGAGUCCGAGAAACUCGUCUGCCUCCUCCAAGAAGAAAGAUAAUAUAGAAACUGCCAUCGGUUAUGCUUGGUUGCCACUCUUGAGGGGUGGAAAACUUGCUUCAGAAAAUCCAGACCCUUUACCCAUCGCAGCCAACCUACCUGCCGGUUACCUGUCGCAUGAUAUGGUAGCAAGUGGCAAGGUAAUGUGUCCUGAAAUAAAAUGGGUCGAUGGCAAGAAAGAACUACUGAAGGUCAAUCUCAGAUUGAAAUCCACAAUAUACACAAAGGAUCAACAUUUGUACAAUUUCUUUGUACAUUGCCAAAAACUGGAAAAUAACUUCUCCCCAACUGUAGAAAGCGAAACAACUAAUAAAUUGAAGCCUGAAAAUGGGCGUGUCACAGAUGAUGCAGCUCACCACCUAAAUGCCAUAAAGUCCCUUCAUGCUGUUGAAGUGAGUACCUUCAUCAACUUCCUACCAACCAUUCUCAACCAGUUGUUCCGACUCAUUGCCAGAACACACAAUGAAGACAUAGCCAUGAAUGCUGCAAGGGUUCUUAUACACAUUGUCUCUGAAGUAAACAAUGUCGGCAAACCAGACAUUCUUCAAGCUUAUGUCAAGUAUGUCUUCAAGACCUUACCGAGCCCCAAAGGAACCAAAGUGAAGACAGUACAUGAAGAAUUGGCCAAAAACCUCACAGUUUUACUCCGCCCUAUAAAUGCUGACCAGUCGGUGGUCAGUCGUUUCCUAAAACAUUCCUGGUUCUUUUUUGAGAUUCUAAUCAAAAGUAUGGCUCAGUACCUCAUUGAAACAGAGAGAAUUAAGAUGCCAAGAAAUGAGCGGUUUUCCUCAGAUUACCAGUUCCGCAUCCAGAACCUGAUCCAAGCCAUCUACCCUCAUUUGUACCAGAAACAGGAUGAUAUCUCAACGGAUGCCAGUACUGCCAACCACAGCCUUGCCACAUUUAUCAAGCAUUUAUUUACACUAAUUGAUCGAGGUUUUGUGUUUCGAAUCAUCAGCACCUACAUGGAGAACUUCAGUGUUAGAGAUACAAAGGUAUUCCAACAAAUGAAAUUCGAGUUCCUUAGGAUAGUUUGUAGCCAUGAACACUAUAUCCCUCUUUGUCUUCCUCUAAUGAGGCGUGGCCUUAUCAAAAAUUACAAAGAUGUCCAAUUGGAAGAUUUGAAACAUGACUACACGUUAUCUGAAGAAUAUCGAAAGAACCAUUAUUUGGCAGGGCUGCUCUUGCAAGAAUUGAAAAUAGCCCUGUAUGACAGCAGAGACAUUCAUAGAUGUGCCAUCACUGUUCUAAGGAAUCAGAUUGCCAAACAUGCGUUUGACAGUCGAUAUUGUGCCAAGGGUCAUCAAGGCCGAAUAGCCGCCUUGUACCUACCUCUCAUCCCAAUCCUCCUUGAAAGUAAGGAACGUCUGAUGGACAAUGCUGAUAGUACAACGGCUGUCAGCUCCUCUACCCAGAAUAUAGAUCUCAAUGCUAGUACUGAUGGCUUCACCAAUUCAGACUAUCAUCACAAAAGUAUCUCGGGGAUCGACCAAAUCCAUAAAAGAGAUUCUUCAUACUUUGAUGUUAUUGCCGGAAGAGCUCCACCCCAGUCCGUGAGUAACUUGAAUCUUGGAGAGCCUGAACAACUAGAAUUACUUGCUCUACAACAAUCCAAUUUGGUUAUCCAGGCAACCAGAGCAAACAGUUCUUCACACUCUCAUUUAAGAACUCAAUCAGUGGGUGGUCCAGUUCAAACCGCUCCGUUCCAAACCACAAUGUACAGUCGCUACGAUAAAUUAGAUACCACAGAAGUUAAAGACUUGUUGAUAUGUUUUCUACAUAUUUUGAAAUAUCUACCAGAAGAUAUCCUAUUAGGAUGGUUCAAUAAUUCUUCAGAAUUCAAUGUUCUUGAUUUAUUUUCCCUUUUAGAGCUUUGUUUAUACCAAUUCAGAUAUGUUGGGAAAAGGAAGAUUUUAACUUUGGGCAACAUUGGAGAUACACGUAAAGCCAUGACUGCUCCCCAACCGUCACACAAGUCAUUCAUUGGGGCCAGUAGUAAUGGAAUUUUACACCAAAGAACUUACAGUCAAUGUCAAGACAGCCAGGCUGACUUAUCUAACGCUCCUGGAAUAUUUAACAUCCAUCGGGCUCUGCAGGAGGCUAACAUAUCAACAGAGGUUGGCAUUAUUGUGCUUGAUGUUUUAAGUCUUUACAGCAAUACGUUCAAGAAACAAUUGGAACACAAAGAUGGUGACAACAAUUUGAUGAAGAAAAUCUUUGAAAUUUUGUUGUCAUUUCUACAGACAAGUCAGUCGGAGACAUUGCAAAAACACAUCUUCUCCAUUUGGAGAUCUUUUAUCCGGAAAUUCCAGGCUGUUUUGUUCAGAGGAAAUGCCAAACUUUGUGGAGAUUUGUGCUACGAAAUCUUGCGUUGCUGCAAUUCUCGGUUGAGUUCAACGAGAAAGGAAGCCUGUGCUUUACUCUAUCUUCUGAUGAGGUCCAAUUUUGAAUACAGUAGGAAAACCAGUUUUACCCGAGUACACCUGCAGGUCAUCAUAUCCGUGUCACAACUUAUUGGUGAUGUUGUCGGUAUCUCCAACUCUUACUUCCAGGAGAGUUUAGUGAUGGUGAACAACUACGCCAAGAGUGAUAAAGCAAUGCAGAAAACCAACUUCCCAUUAGAGGUGAAAGAUUUAACAAAACGCAUCCGUACAGUCCUAAUGGCCACAGCCCAACUUAAAGAACACGAAAAAAACCCUGAGAUGUUAGUAGAUCUACAAUAUUGCUUGGCUAAAUCUUAUGCCAGUACCCCAGAACUGAGGAAAACUUGGCUGGAAUCCAUGGCAAAGGCUCACUUACGAACAAAAGAUUACUCCGAGGCUGCGCAUUGCUACCUUCAUAUAAGUGCACUUGUUUCAGAAUAUUUGAGACGGAGGGGGAAGAUGAAGUCGAGAACCUACCCACAAGGCUGUGCUGCGUUUCACAUGAUCUCCCCCAACAUACAGAUUGAGGAAUCCUCUAUAAAAGAUGAUUCCGGAAUGCAGGAUGUUCACUACACUGAUAGUACGUUGAUUGAGAACCUGGAACAAGCAGCCCGAAUCAUAGAACAAGCUGAACGCUAUGAAGUUUUAGGGGACAUUUACAAACUCAUUAUUCCAAUGUAUGAAGUGGCCAGAGACUUUGAGAGAUUAUCUGAGACUUACCGCAAAUUAUUUGAAGCUUACAAUAAAAUCGUUGAAGUGAUGCACUCUGGCAAACGGCUCCUUGGAAAAUAUUAUCGUGUAGCAUUUUAUGGACAGGCUCACUUUGAUGAAGAAAACGGCAAAGAAUAUAUUUAUAAAGAACCUAAAGUGACCAACCUUUCAGAAAUCUGUGACCGAUUGUUCAAUUUAUAUACAUACCGCUACGGCAAAGAGAAUGUGAAGUUGAUUAUGGAUUCUAAGAAGGUGAAUGUUGAUGAACUUGACCCUAAAUAUGCCUUCAUCCAGGUCACCUAUGUAACCCCUUAUUUCACUAAAGAAGAAAGUAAGGAACGACUCACAGAAUUUGAACGCAACAACAACAUACAGCGCUUCAUGUUUGAAACCCCGUUUACGAAGAACGGACCUGCUCAUGGCUCUAUCACGGAACAGUACAAACUACGGACAAUACUGACCACCUCGCACACCUUCCCGUACGUGAAGAAGAGAAUAGAAAUCAUUGAACACAUGGAGCAGGAACUGUCCCCCAUCGAAGUAGCCAUUGACGAGCUGCACAAUAAAGUGAUUGACCUUCAGGAAGUUGUCCGAGCUGUCACCCCUGACGUUAAGAAGCUCCAUUUGAACCUACAAGGCUGUGUCAGUACCCAGGUGCAUGCUGGUCCGUUAGCCUAUGCUGAAGCGUUCCUCAGUAAAGACAAAGUCAACAAGUAUCCAGUUGGUAAAGUGGCAGCACUCAAAGAUGUCUUUAAGAACUUUAUCCAUAUCUGCAGUGAAGCGUUGGAUUUGAAUGCGAAACUCAUUGAGACGGAACAAAAAGAUUAUCACGAAUCUUUGAAGGCUGGUUUUAAUGAAAUCUACGAGAAACUAGGGGAGAUUGUUGGAGAUAAACAUUUCCUCUCCGGCCGAUACAGCAUUGGCAGCCUACCGGGCCGACAUUCGGCAUCCAUCAUUAGUCUUCUCAAUUCCACAUCUGGAGCGAGUACCGUAUGACACAAAAGCCAUCAGAAAGCAGCAGAUAUGGUAAUCAAGAGGAUUAUGAUGACGAUGAUGAUAAUUGGUGGUGGUGGUGGUGAUGAAGGUGGUGAUGGUGGUGGUGAAGGUGGUAGAUUCACCGACGACUUCCAGUCAGUCCAUUUCUGCAUUCAAUUAUUUUUUUUACCCAGAACGUUGUUAAACUGCUGUGAUAGUUUAAACCACACUUGGACAUUUCUGCGUCUGUCCUUCAUCAACUGCAAGUUUUACUGACCACAACACUUCUUUCCUCCUGUUGCAGUUUUAAAGAAUCAUUUUUUUUUUAAAUCUUUUUUUUUUUUUUUCCAAAUAUACGGACAAACAACAA